AAUUUUUCUAGCCUUUUUGAAUUUUGAAUUUAGUCAUCCCUGGAGUGGUGGCUAAUGCAUGAGAUUGUAAAAAGGCUUUUCAAAAAGCUUGUAAGAUGACUCGCCAUUCAAAGAACUGUACUGCAGGGUCUGUGUAUACUUAUCACGAGAAGAAAAGAGACACAGCAGCCUCUGGAUAUGGAAGUAAUGAAGUUCGAUUUGGAAAAGAUUCCCUGAAAGACUUUGAUUGUUGCAGCUUAACUCUUCAACCUUGUAAAGAUCCAGUGAUCACUCCAGAUGGCCAUCUCUAUGACAAGGAAGCAAUUUUAGAAUACAUACUGCAUCAAAAACGAGAAAUAGCGAGAAAAUUGAAACAAUUUGAAAAACAGAAGAAAGGAAAGGAGGAUGAAGCAAAAGAAACAAAUCUGAAGGAACACUCUGACAAAGUCCAAAAGUUUGAUGACAGCACCAGAGCUACUGGCAUGAAAGAAGAUUCUACCCAGCCCAGCACCAGUAGUGUAUCUAACAUGACAGCAGAUAAAGGGAAGGAACUGCCCAGUUUUUGGAUUCCAUCUCUCACCCCACAGGCUACAAAAACUGAGCUGAAGAAACCGGAUGAGAAAGUUAGGUGUCCAAUGAGUGGCAAGCCUCUCAAACUCAAAGAUUUGAUUCCUGUCAAGUUCACGUUGAUGAAAGAUGAUGAUGACAAGAGAUCACUGAUAGUAAAGAGAGAUGCUCGUUAUGUGUGUGCUGUCACCAAUGAUGCACUGGGGAAUUCCGUGCCAUGUGCUUUGCUGAGAACUUCAGGUAAUGUUGUGACAAUGGAGUGUGUGGAGAAGAUAAUUAAAAAAGACAUGAUUGAUCCAACCAAUGGAAAACCUCUCAAAGAAAAGGACAUCAUUCAGUUCCAAAGGGGAGCCACAGGAUUUGCAGGUUCAGGAAUAAAACUGAAGGGUAAAAUUGACGGAGCAGUGAUGCAGGCAUGAGGCACUAAAAUCUGCUAAGAAGAGUAGUGAUUAUUGAACAGAUUUAGUCUUCAGGAAUCUCGCAUGCUUUAAGUGGCAACCCUUUGUACAUCCUAUAACCAGCGAAUCAUAAAACGGUGAAAUAUUUACCAAGGACACAAGAUUAUUUUCAGCUGGUUGUAAGCUGGGAACUUUCACUGGGAAACGAGUUUUUUAACAGCAGUUUAUGAAAACAGAUUACACUGUAUAGAACUAUUUAUACCAAACCAUUGUGGACUAUGGCAAGGGCAUCGGAAUAUUUUAUAAAUAGUCCCAUGGUUAAUUGUAUAUACUGUAAAAUUUUAUGUAUAUAUCAAUUGUCACCCCUGUAACCAAUGAACCUGGUUGAAACUUGGGACAAGGAUACAGUUGUUUUUAAAUUCAAAAUUACUGACAUGGACAUGCAUUCUCCACUAUCAAUUGAACAUUCAGCUAUUUUGAUAUUUUAAAAAGAUAACAUAAACCAGAGGUUUCAGUCAGAGGAUGCUUUUUAUUUUUGAAUUUGUGGAAUAAAUUUUCAUUGAAAUUUUAAUGAAAA